AUGGCGGCUGUGCCCGCCCCCGACACCCCGGGCGGCACCAACUUUCUGCGGUGGCUGCAGUUCAGAGUCAGCGGGUCAACAUUCGAGUGCCCCUCCGUUUACCAGCUGGUGAAGCCCAUCGGCAAGGGCGCUUACGGCAUUGUGUGCGCCGCAAUCGACUCGCGCACCAACCAGCAGGUGGCCAUCAAGAAGAUCGGAGACAUCUUCAGUAACCCGCUGGAUGCGCGACGAACGCUGCGCGAGAUCCAGAUUCUGCGGCACGUGCGGGGCCACAGCAACGUCAUCACCCUUCUGGACCUCUUCCCACCCUCGGUGGGCCUCAACGACUUCAGGGACGUGUACAUGGUGUAUGAAAUCAUGGACACCGACCUGCACCAGAUCAUCCGCUCGCCACAGCCACUCUCAGGCAAGCGAGUUGUGCUGGAGGAGCACGUGCAGUUCUUUAUCUACCAGCUGCUGCGGGGGCUCAAGUAUCUGCACUCGGCUGGGGUAGUGCACCGCGACCUCAAGCCCUCCAACCUGCUGCUCAACGGCAACUGCGAGCUGCGCAUCUGCGACUUUGGACUUGCACGUGCUGAGGUCAACAACCAGGAGCUGAUGGCGGAGUAUGUUGUGACUCGCUGGUACCGCGCCCCCGAGCUGCUGCUGUCGUGCAGCGACUAUGGCGCACCCAUCGACAUGUGGUCAGUGGGCUGCAUCUUCGCAGAGCUGCUGGGCCGCAAGCCGCUGUUCCCAGGGAAGGAUUUUGUGCACCAGCUCAACAUGGUCUGCAAGGUGAUUGGCACCCCCACGGCGGCGGAGAUUGCGGCGGUGCCCAGCGACCAGGCACGCGCCUACCUGGCUAGCAUGCCCUACUUCCCCAAAGGAGACAUGCAGCAGUACUUCCCCAGCGCCAGUGCGCAGGCCAUCGACCUGCUCGACCGGCUGCUCACAUUUGACCAAGCCAAGCGGGUGACAGUGGAGCAGGCGCUGGCGCAUCCCUGGUUGGCUGCACUGCACGACCCCAACGAUGAGCCUGUGUGCCCCCAGCUGUUCAACAGCCCCGAGGAAGCAAUAGCGGAGCCCAGCCUGCAGCAAAUCCGGGAUGGGAUCAUCAGGGAGAUGCUGGCAUACAACCCCGAGAUUCGCAACGUGCAGAUCCGCUGA